AUGUAUUUACGACGUCUUAUUCCAAAAUCUCGGAGGAGGUUCCUCCGUCAGUGUCGAUCGACAAGAAUGGUCCGGUCGGCUGUUACACUCAUCGUUCUUGUCAUACUUGUGGUAACUAUAUCAGACAUAUCUGCACGUAAAUCUUCGAUUAUACGAAGACAAACUACACGAGCAACUCAACGAAUCGAUUGUUUCCCUGAUGCUGUUUCGAAAUAUUCAAGUUUUUCGAAACAAUCUUGCCUAGCUCGCAAUUGUUUAUAUGAUGAGAAUGUUGCUCAAGGUGUUCCACACUGUUAUCUACCACCAAAUGUUGGUUAUAUUCUACAAGGUUCUGAAGAACAAAUAACCAACGGUUUGCGAUUACGAUUAAAACGCAAUUCAGCAAUUGGUAGCAUGUUCAAAGACUCAAUCGAAAAUGUUUUACUUGAUGUACAAUAUUAUACUAAUGAUAUCAUUCGAUUCAAAUUAUACGAUGCUGAUAAGCAACGUUAUGAAGUACCUAUACCAUUAAACACUGCCUCUGCUCAAGUAUCGUCUCCACAGUAUCAAUUCAGUUAUUCAUCAGAUAGUUCACGUGCUAAUAUUCUCUCGUUCGCGAUUAAGCGUCGAGAUGAUAAUGCUGUUCUAUUCGACACAUCGCUUGGCGGUCUUGUUUUGAAUAAUCAAUUUCUUCAAAUUGUCACACGACUUCAAUCGCCACAUGUCUAUGGCUUUGGAGAAAAUAAUCACGAUACACUCAAACACAAUGUUCAAGAGAGAAAAACAUGGGGCAUAUUUGCACGUGACCAAGGAACGAAUUGGGAUACGAAUGCCAAUCAUUAUGGUUCACAUCCAUUCUAUCUUGUCAUGGAACAGAUUGCCAAUUCCAAUGAAAUUCCAUCCGGUCGUAUGCAUGGUGUUCUUCUACUUAAUUCGAAUGCGAUGGAUUACUCAUUCGAACCAACACCAUCAUUAACUAUGAGAACAAUUGGUGGCAUUCUUGACUUUUUCGUUUUUCUUGGUCCGACACCUGAACAAGUUGUGCAACAAUAUACUUGGCUUGUUGGCCGUACAAUUCUACCACCAUACUGGUCACUGGGCUUUCAACUUUCUCGUUGGGAUUAUUCGAAUAUAACUCACAUGAAAAAUAUUGUCCAACGAAAUCGCGAUGCUGGUAUUCCACUCGAUGUUCAAUAUGCUGAUAUUGAUUAUAUGGAUGCAGAAAAAGAUUUUACCAUUGAUCCAAAGAACUUCGUUGGUUUGAAAGAAUACUUUGCUCAAUUGAACAGUGAAGGCGUGCGAACAAUUGUGAUUUUGGAUCCUGGUACGAUUGAUGAUCAACAACAUUAUGCACCAACCAUUGAAGGAAUUGCUCAGGAUGUGUUUAUCAAAUGGGAAGAUGGAAAUUCAUUGAUGAAAGGUGCUUGCUGGCCUGGCGAAGUCUUCUUUCCAGAUUUCUUUACGCAACGCGCACAAACCUGGUGGGGAAAAUGGAUCAAAGAUUUUCAUCGCGUCAAUGUCUCGUUUGACGGACUCUGGAUUGAUAUGAAUGAACCUGCUCUAUUCGAUACCAAUGAUGCUGCACCGUGGAAUUGGGCGGAUACAGGCAGUAACUAUACUUUGAAAUGUCCACAAAACGAUUGGGAAGAUCCACCAUAUCGUACCAAAGCUGCCUAUCGUUGGGAUCAAAAGUCAAACCGUGUCAGUCGUCUCUCUGAUCGAACAUUAUGUAUGUCAGCUCCACAAGGUGAAAUUGAUUCACUCACAAGUAAACCAAAAUAUCGUCACUAUGAUGUUCAUAAUCUUUAUGGUUGGAGUCAAACUAAACCAACAUUAGAUGCCAUGCGAGAAAUUACUGGUAAACGAAGUUUAGUUCUACCACGUUCAACAUAUGUCGGUUCGGGUCAAUGGUCUGGCCAUUGGCUUGGAGACAACGAAGCGACAUGGCACGAAAUGAAACGAUCUUUGAUUGGUAUGGUCGAAUUCAAUUGGUUCGGUAUUCCAUUCAAUGGUGCUGAUAUCUGUGGAUUCGAUAAAACACCAACAGAAGAAAUGUGUAUUCGAUGGAUGCAAGUCGGAGCUUUCUAUCCAUUUUCACGAAAUCACAACAUUUGGAAAACGCCAGAUCAAGAUCCAGCUGCAUGGUCUUCAUCGGCUGUUGCUGCCAUGAUUAGCGCACUUCACAUUCGUUAUACUCUCCUUCCAUACUAUUACACGUUGUUCUACAAAGCACAUACACAAGGCUCAACUGUUAUUCGACCAUUGUUUCAUGAAUAUCCAACUGAUAAAACAACACUCGAUCUGUUUCUUCAAUUUCUCAUUGGACCUAAUAUCAUGAUCGCACCAGUUACAGACGAUGGUAAACGACAAGUUCAAGCAUAUAUUCCUUCUUCUCAUUGGUAUAAUUACUAUUCUGGUGCGAAAAUACCAUAUCAAAAACAAUUUAUCACAUUAUCAGCUCCUCUUGAUACCAUUCCUAUUCUUCUACGUGGUGGUGCAAUCAUUCCAACACAAGAGUUUGCCAACAACACUAAAUUUGCUCGAGUCAAACCAUACGGUCUUACUAUUGUCUUGAAUUCGAAUGGCAAUGCUGCAGGCGAUUUGUUCUCCGAUGAUGGUGAAUCCAUCGAUACAAUCGGAUCGAAAGCUUAUUACUAUGCUACCUAUCAAUGGUCAUCAGCGGAUAAAAAACUAACAAUCACUGUCGUUGAUAACUAUUAUUCGCAGAUGACAAAUUUAAUUUUAGACAGUUUAGCAAUCUACGGCUUGGAUGACGUUCCCACUGCAUUCACUGUGGAUGGCAAAGAAUUGUAUCCAAAAACAAGACCACAUACACAAAUCGUCGAUGUAACUGGUUUAGGUUUAUCAAUGACCAAGAGUACUACGAUAACAUGGACAACAUCGGGCACAGUUAUUGUUGAACCACCAUCUGCUGUUGUUACUGAAGCGAAAUAUCGAGUCGACUGUUAUCCGGAUUCAGGUGCUUCAAGUAAUGCUUGUGCAUCUCGUGGAUGCACUUGGCAAGUUGCAAGUCAAUCUGGCUAUCCAGCAUGUUUUAUUCCUAAAGAAAAAGGUGGUUAUGGUCAAACAGAAUCGGCACAACAACUCUCGGAUGCUGUUACACGAUAUUCACUAUCGCGCUUAUCAAAGAAACCAAAUCUUAAUCGUGGAAAUGUACCUAAGGAAACAGACGACUCUCAUCAACCAUCACCAUCACACUUGAAAGAACUUGCUACAACCCGAGCAAGUGAAUUUUCCAUGUACGGCAACGACAUCGAUCAUUUAAAUGUACAAGCUAGUGUAUCCGGUACUGACAUGAUCCGUUUAACAAUUCGUGAUGCUGAUCAAUCACGUUAUGAGGUUCCUGUACCCAUCCAAUGGAAAGCCGCCUUACCACCUGCAUCUGUUCGAACUAAAAUUAAAUUUGAAAUGACCAAAACAGCCAACGGUCAGGCCGGUUUCCGCGUUAGACGUACAGAUACUCAAUCGAUUAUUUUUGAUACAUCAUUCUUUGCUGAAGGAUUUAUUUAUGAUAAUCAAUUCAUUCAAAUUGUCACAACAAUUCCAUCAAGAAAUGUUUACGGUUUCGGUGAAAACACACAUCCAUCAUUUCGACACGUUCUCAAAAAUUCGCAACGUUAUGGUAUAUUUGCUCGAGAUCAGCCACCUAUAGGAUCCAAUGAGAACUUAUACGGUACGCAUCCAUUCUACAUGACAAUUGAAGACGAUGGACAAGCAUUUGGUGUUUUGAUCUUCAACUCUAAUGCUCAAGAUUAUAAAUUGGAUGAAUUCGAAGAUAAUCAAUCGAUGUUAACCUAUCGAACGCUCGGUGGUAUCUUAGAUAUCAUCUUCUUUGCCGGUCCACGACCCGAAGAUGUUGUUCGACAAUAUCAAACUGUCAUUGGACAUCCAUAUAUGCCACCCUAUUGGGCAUUAGGCUUUCAACUUUGCCGAUACGGUUACGAUACACUUGCCAACAUGAAAGCAGCCAUGCAACGAACUCUCGAUGGACAAAUUCCGUUGGAUGUCAUGUAUGGUGAUAUCGAUUAUUUUCGAAAUCAACUCGAUUUCACUUGGGAUCCAAUUCGUUUCAAAGGUUUACCAGAAUAUGUUGACUGGUUACAUACACAAGGCAUGAAAUUUAUCACCAUUCUUGAUCCAGCUAUCGAUUCUGAAGAGCCUAACUACGCAGUUUUCAGCGAAGGACAACAAUCUGAUAUAUGGAUAAAAUGGCCGGAAGCGAAAAAUAUCCAAUUUAAUGAAACUGGAAAUAGAAAUAUGCUUGGAUAUGUUUGGCCUAUCGGUAAAACUGUAUUUCCGGAUUAUUUCUAUCCGCCCGCUUUAGACUGGUGGAAAAAACAAGUUUUAGAUUAUUACAAACUAUUGAAAUUCGAUGGCCUAUGGAUUGAUAUGAACGAACCAGCUAAUUUUGAUACGAAUAAAGUUCAACCAUGGAACUGGCCUCAUUCUCAACCAUGGAAUCUUCACUGUCCACUCGAAGAACCACUAGAAUCGCCACGAUAUAAAACGGCUAUUCAUGGUGAUUUAUUAUCCGACAAAACUCUUUGCAUGAUUGGUGAACAGAACGAUGGUCGCGGAAAGAUCUAUAAACAUUACGAUGUUCACAACUUGUACGGUUGGUCAGAAACUAUUGCAACAUUACCAGCAGCUCGUGCAACGGAGAAUAAACGCUCAAUUGUCAUCAGUCGUUCCACAUUUCCUACAUCUGGCGUUUAUACUGGCCACUGGUUGGGUGAUAAUACUGCUGCAUGGACACAUAUCAAAUAUAAUAUCAUCGGAAUGCUUGAAUUUAAUUUGUUUGGCAUACCUUAUGUUGGUGCUGAUAUCUGCGGUUUUGAAGGUAAUACAACUGAAGAAAUGUGUCAACGUUGGAUGCAAUUAGGCGCAUUCAAUCCAUUCUUCCGUAAUCACAAUGGUAUCCGACACAUGGACCAAGAUCCCGGUAUUUUCCGGCCGGAAAUUGUUGCAUCGAAUCGUCGUGCUGUUGAAUUACGUUACACAUUAAUUCCAUAUCUCUACACACUCUUUCAUCGUGUUCAUAUCUCUGGUGGAACAGUUGUUCGUUCAAUGGCACAUGAAUUUCCACUUGAUCCAGAAUGCUGGGGAUUGGAUGAACAAUUUCUUUGGAGUUCACAUCUUUUAAUUGCACCAGUCAUCUACGAAGGACAUACGACAAAAACUGUUUAUCUUCCACCGAGCGAACGUUGGUUUGACUAUUAUACCGGUAAAGAGAUAACAACAUUAGGAACAGUGAACGUGCCAGCAGCACGUGACUUCAUUCCAUUAUAUUUACGUGGUGGUUCUAUCAUUCCACAUCAAUUAUCGGCUAUGAAUACAGUCUUAGCACGACGAAACUCCUUUUAUUUAUGUGUAACUCUCGAUAGUAACGAACAUGCCGAAGGUGAUCUUUUUUGGGACGAUGGUGAAUCGAUCAAUACAUACGAAACAUCACAUUAUAACUAUUUUAUUUUCAACUAUGAUGCACAACGCUUAACGAUCGAGCCAUGGACAUUUAAAUAUCCGGAUAUGACAAAUAAAUUAGAUGAAAUUUCUAUCUUUGGUCUAAGUAAAAAACCGAGUAAAAUCGUUUGGAAUGGUCAAGACUUAGCAACGAGUAAAUGGACGUUCGAUACGAACACAAACGUAUUGAAGAUGACUAAAUUGGCGUUGGAUUUAUCCAAAACACAUCGAUUUGUUUUACCAUAA